CGACAGCUUCAAAAAGAAGGAUUCGAACGUGUCGACCAUGAACUGAUAAUGCUAGAGAAAGCUCGCCAACGUCGCAUACGCAAGAGCCUUGGCAAGCAAAGCAUUACCUGGGUUCGAAAUGGUUUCAAUUAAACCGGGCGAGGCGAAGACAAAUUCCUGCAUUGGCAGGCGUCUCGGUCUGAAGGUGAAUAUCAUCAGAGCUAUUGCUGUGCGCAUAAUUGCUAUCAGUAUAGAGGAUGGCGUGGAAAACUAUCUCUGGGGUGCUACGUCCAAAGAUGUCAAAAUAACAGAGUACUACGAACCAGUAGGCGUUGGCGGUAAAGCGUCAAAGAGUCUCAGGAUGAUGUCUUUGUGAGAAGCUAUGGGACUGGACAGAGCAAGAGCUUGCCGGACAUGAGCUUUGAGUAAUAUCUUUACCGUCGUGUAUUGAUUUGCCAG